GCUGGCACUCUCCUAUUCCCUGGUGAGCCUCGCCGCGGGACAAUAAGCAGGUCCUUCAUAGAGGAAGAGCAGCCCUUGAAGGAAACUUUGCUUAUUGCCAUUCGCCAGGCCUCGUUAGCUGUAUGACAUAUUUAGCAAACAGUGACGGCUGGCUGGGGAGCACUGUUGUUACUAGACACUGGAAUACUGGGGUUAGAUGGAUGCAGAGUGGGGAGGAAUUACACCGGGGUCCAAAGGUGACCCUCAGUGAUUGACAGAUGUGUAAAACUGCGGAGAACCAUUUGCCUCUCCACGUGGAGAUCUGAGUUCUGGGACACUGAGGCAGCCAAGGGGGGGGUCUCUGAGGAAGAUGCUGGGUUCAGAGCGCAGUGUUGUCGAAGAAUGGCUCUCAGAAUUCAAGUCCUUACCAGAAACCCGCAUCCCCAGCUACGCCGGCAGUCUUCAUCUAAAGAAGUCCCUGGUGCCAGCUCUCUACAGAGUCAUCCAGGACCCCAACAAUGAGCUGCUGGAGCCUGUCUGCCACCAACUGUUCGAGCUGUACCGGAGCUCCGAAGACCGCCUGCGCCGCUUCACCCUGCAGUUCCUGCCCGAACUGGUGUGGGUAUAUCUUCGCAUCACAGCCAGCAGGGAUCGCCAGAGCAACGGGUGCAUUGAGGCCCUCCUCCUGGGCAUCUAUAACCUGGAGAUCGUGGACAAAGAUGGCAACAGCAAGCUCCUCUCCUUCACAAUACCAUCUCUGUCCAAACCAUCGAUAUAUCACGAGCCUUCUAGCCUGGGGUCCAUGGCACUGACAGAGGGGGCCCUGUGUCAACAUGACCUGAUCAGAGUGGUGUACAGCGGCCUCCACCCACAGAGAGAGACCUUCACAGCUCAGAACAGGUUUGAAGUGCUGUGUUUCCUCAUGCUCUGCUACAACUCUGCUGUGGUGUACAUGCCCCUGUCUUCCUAUCAGUCCGUCUGCAGAAUGAGCUCAAGGCUGUGUUUAUGUGGCUUCCCCCGGCAGCAGCAGAAGCUUUGGAGGGAACCGUGCAACCGCGUGCUGCUGGACCCCGAGUUCAUGGUGCAGAUGCUGACUGCCGUUUAUCACGCCAUAUACAAUGGAGAGUGGGAGAUGGGACGGGAAGCUCUGGAGGACAUUCUGUACAGGGCCCAGCUGGAGCUUUACUCCCAGCCUAUCUUGCUGGCGAAUGCCAUGAAGAACUCGCUGCCAGACAGCGCUCCAGAUGAGCCGCGGGGCCGCAAAGUGCUCCAGGUGGAGGUGACACCCACCAUCAGCCGCAUCUCUAUCUCAGCCAUCACCACCGCCUCCAUACGACGCCACCGCUGGAAGAGAGAGGAAGCUGACGGAAUGAGCGGCGGAGAAGAUUCUUUCAACGUCAACGACCCGGACGAGGGUUUCUCCUCCGGGGCGUCCAACAGCAGCCAGCCCAGCGGCACCAAGGCGGGCGGCAGCAUGGGGCCGAGGGGCGGCAGCCUGAACAGCAGCAGCAGCAGCAUCAAGAAAGCCAUCACAGCCCGGCUGUCCCGGGACAAGGAACGGAAGGGGGAGGCGGAGAAACAGGCCGAUUUGUCGGCGGAUCACCAGGUUGCUGUGAGGAGGCACCACCAGAGGCAGCAGUCGCCUCCGGCCGGCAUCACCUUGGAUGCCAUCCAGCUGAGCCCCAUUAAGAAGCACCUGAGCUUCCCUGUGGUGCCCGCGUUGGUGCGGACUGGAAGCACCAUCUCCAGCAAGUCCUUUGACUGCAUGAAUUUCAACCUGAACGGAGGCGACGAAGAGCGAGAGGAGGGCGGGGGCUCUGACAAGGAAGGAGAGCGUCCAGCAGGCGGCUCCCACCGUCUCUCCACCAUUAGCCUGAAGGAGGAGCACCUCAUCAGGCCAGAGGACGCCCAGGACCUCCUGUCUCCUGGAGCUCCUCUCACCAAGCAGUCUCGCUCCCCCAGUUUCAACAUGCAGAUCAUAUCACAGGUCUAAUGUGCAGUGCAGGGCAUGGUACACAUACACAUACACACACAUAUACACACACACACACACACACACACACACACACACACACACACAAAAUACCUGUUCAUAACACUCACACUCAUGCAGUUUUUCAAUUUUUAACAAUCCUACUACGUCAACCUCUGUCUACCUAUCUGUAUUGGUGUGUGUGU